UAACACUAACAUCGCUGGGAUCGGAAGGGAGCUGUCGCGAACUCGCCGACAACCUCUCAUUCCAGCUUCCGGCCCAUGACAAGGCCCAAGUGACGCCGGCCAUUUCUCGUUGACAUCGCGGUUCCAACCUCUAUUUUCUAUUUCCCAGAGGAGCAAGCGCGCAACAACCCCGAACCAUCGCCCGCCAUGUAUUCCUCCGUUGUCCGUCUCCAGAACGCCUUCGGCUUCUUCACCACGGUCGCCUUCACGGUCGCCGCCAUUAUCGCCGCCUCCGAUCUCCUCUCUCCGCGCACCCCAAGCGUGGGUGUCCUAAAAACCACCAAUGUCCAAGUCGUCCGCGGCCGCCCGCACUAUUACUCCUCCAAGAAAGAAGAAUACGCCAUCAUCAAGUUCUCGCUCGACGCCGACCUCUCGACGCUGUUCACCUGGAACACGAAGCAGCUGUUCGUGUACGUGACGGCCGAGUGGCCGUCGGCGGGCGGGUCCGGGUCCGGGCAGAACGCGAGCAACCAGGCGGUGAUCUGGGACAGCAUCAUCACGGCGCCGAGCGCCGACCACCUCGCGAACCUGGGCCCCGUCGGCAUGAAGAAGCUGAAGCGCAGCGCCGAGGGCAAGAGCAUCGAUCCGAGCCGCGGGAAACUCACCCUCAAGAACCAGCGCCCCAAGUACCAGAUCACGCACCCCUCUGGCAAGGUCGCCGAGCAGGAGGACGUGGUGCUGAGGCUGCACUACAAUGUGCAGCCGUGGGUGGGCCUCCUGACGUGGAACCAGGACGUCAAUUUCUGGAAGUGGGAGACGCUCAAGAACAACCUCAGCAAGAAGUUUGCGUUGCCGGCGAUCAAGAAGAAGAAGGAGGAGAAGAAGGCGGGCGCGGCGAGGUAGCCAGACUACAUGAAGUCUAAUUGAAGAAAUUCAAAAUUUACUCGGCCAUUUGAUACCAUCUCUUCCUUCAUCCAUCACCGAUCCCGUCUUGUGCUCCUAGGCGAUGAUUGCGCAUUGUGGUCCCCAAGAAGGAAAUGGACGGUCUUUACGUAAGAGGCAGACG